AUGAGGAGAAGAGUGUGGAGAUCUAACAGUGAGAAGAACAGUAAGGAAAACGGUGUGGAGAACAGUGAGAAGAACAGUAAGGAAAACAGUGUGGAGAACAGUGAGGAGAACAGUGAGGAGAACAGUGUGGAGAACAGUGAGGAGAACAGCGAGAAGAACAGCGAGGAGAACAGUGUGGAGAACAGUGAGAAGAACAGUGAGGAGAACAAUGUGGAGAACAGCAUGGAGAACAGCAUUGAGAACAGCGAGGAGAACAGAGAGGAGAACAUUGAGGAGAACAGUGUGGAGAACAUUGUGGAGAACAGUGAGGAGAACAGUGAGAAGAACAUUGUGGAGAACAGCGAGGAGAACAGCGAGAAGAACAGCGAGGAGAAUAGCGAGGAGAACAGUGAGGAGAACAGUGAGGAGAACAGUGUGAAGAACAGAGAGGAGAACAGCGAGAAGAACAGCGAGGAGAACAGAGAGGAGAACAGUAACAGAGAGGAGAACAGUGAGGAGAACAGUGAGGAGAACAGUGAGAAGAACAGUGUGGAGAACAGAGAGGAGAACAGUGAGGAGAACAGUGAGAAGAACAGUGUGGAGAACAGAGAGGAGAACAGUGAGGAGAACAGUGAGGAGAACAGUGUGGAGAACAGUGAGGAGAACAGCGAGAAGAACAGCGAGGAGAACAGUGUGGAGAACAGUGAGAAGAACAGUGAGGAGAACAAUGUGGAGAACAGCAUGGAGAACAGCAUUGAGAACAGCGAGGAGAACAGAGAGGAGAACAUUGAGGAGAACAGUGUGGAGAACAUUGUGGAGAACAGUGAGGAGAACAGUGAGAAGAACAUUGUGGAGAACAGCGAGGAGAACAGCGAGAAGAACAGCGAGGAGAACAGCGAGGAGAACAGUGAGGAGAACAGUGUGAAGAACAGAGAGGAGAACAGCGAGAAGAACAGCGAGGAGAACAGAGAGGAGAACAUGAUGAUUCUCAAAGAUAUGAUCUUCAUCCUUAAGACUAAAAAUCAUUGA